AUGGAAGAACAUUUAGAAAUUUACUCUGGUUAUCGAUUUAACCCGAAAAGUCGUCAAGGGGACAAAGCACAAAAUAAUGCUUCUAAGCAUGCAGCAGCGCCACCACCAUCAUCACAACCUAUUUUGUCAAAUAUCCCAAUGACAUCAGAUAUACCUUCUUCGUCUGAAAGUGAAAUAGAUAUGCCUUUGACACCUAUGGAAUCUCAUACAAUCUAUGAAUAUCAUGGUAGUUCUAUUUGUUCAAGAUCAUCAAGUUCAGCUGAGAAAAUUCCGGCUGAAAUAAGGAAGUAUAUAUCCUCGUUUUGCGGGACUAAUUUUGCAUGGUGUCAAUAUUGUGAAACUACUUGGUUCAAGGAAAAAUAUUCAAGCUGUACCACUGGUAAUUUGCAACUUGAUUUAAUUAUACAAAAAAGUCAAGCAGAAGCAAGUAUAAACGGCGAUUAUAUUGAAUAUAUUCCUUACGAUCAAUUUGAACUGAUUAAAUUCCACAAAGCAGGAGCAUUUAGUGAAAGCUAUUCUGCUAUUUGGUUGAAGGGACCUCAGUGGAAUUGGAACGAAAACACACAAGCUUGGUCACGGGGUGGACCAAUAAAGGUUGCGCUGAAAAAACUUAUAAAUACUCAAAACUUGAACAAACAAUUCUUCGAAAACUUGCGAAAAUAUCAUCGUUGUCUUCAAUCAGGUAGUGUAGCUGAUACCUUUGGUAUUUCAAAAGCUCCAGACGGAUUUUUUGUAUUUGUAAUGAGAUUCUAUGAAAAUGGCAAUUUAAAUCAAUACAUUAAAAAUGUUAAAGAGAUUAGUUGGAAAGAUAAAAUCGAUUUACUAUGGGGGAUUACUGCUGGUUUGGAAAACAUUCAUCGAUCUAAUAUCUAUCAUGGAAAUUUACAUGGUGGAAAUAUAAUGAUCGAAGAUGAAUCAAUCUCGACUGAUGGAAGAAUAGCUGAUAUAGGAAUUCAUGGAGUUGAUAUCCCAUAUAAUAAUAAUAAAUUAUAUGGUGUUAUGCCGUAUAUUGCACCAGAUACUCUUCUUGGAGAGGAAAUUGAAAACACUCCAAAAUGUUUUUCUGAUUUGAUGAAAAGAUGUUGGGCAUUUGAUCCAAAACAAAGACCAACAGCAAUUGAGUUGAAUGAAAUCUUUAGCGAUCGGAUAACAGAUAUAUGUGCCAAUCCAGUACCAACUGGGAUCAGUGAGGAGUUUAGUGUCGCUGAAGAAAGAAGAUGUGAAAGUUUUCAAAUACAGAAAAACACACCACAAGAAAUUCAAAAUAAGAAUGCAUUUUAUACAAGCCGAUUUUUUGAUUUUUCAGAGCUUUGA